GUCUCCUGCAAGAUAAUGCUAAUAAAAGAGGAAGCGGAACCAGAUUUUAAUGACUUGUCAACGGUCAAAAACAGAUUAAAUGAGCAAUCCAAACUGAUAAUGCUUUUAAAGGAAAGUUGCGAUCGAGAAAUAAUGCAGUCAAAAGAACAGGAGACCAGGUAUGCAGAGCUGGAGGACAAGAAUUUUGAGUUACAGCAAGAAAUAGAGGAACUCCGUCAAAAGCUGUUGAAUUCUCAGGCACGGGUGGCAGACUUAUCGGGAGAAAUAAGCAGAACCUUUGAAGCAAUACGUCUGAAGAAACCAUCAGGCAAAGACGCGGGAACACAGUGCCAUGCAGAUAACGCAAAACGUAUGAAAGAGAGCGGCACCAAUACUGAAUAUCAAUGGUUAUACGAUCAGAAGGAACACACGCAGUUGAAGCAAACCUAUAAAGAGAUUAGCGAAAAGGCUCAAAAAGAGCAGGACGAGCUUCGGGAUAAUCUGCACAUCAGACGUCUGCAAGAAAGACUUUGCAUGACAGAGCAGAUGAAAUAUCGACUGCAACAGGAAUUCGACGCUUACAAGAGGCACGCGAAGGAACUAUUGGAUACGGAGAAGGAAAUCAAUCGGGCGUUACGGAGGGCAUUUCAUUAAGUGCAUCGCGACUUCGACAGAUCAUGUUUCCAACUUUUUAUCGCAAAUUUAUAGUGCAAGUAUGUAACACACAAAUGUUUACAACGUAUGACAGUUAAAUAGCGUCUUUACUACAACAGGCCAUAUAGUCGAUUCUGCACACAGACCAU